AUGAUAAACAAUCUACCUCACAUCAUAACUAGACAUAUUCUUUCUUUUGUCGACUCACCAUUCGAUAAGAUAUGUUUUGUGUUAGCAACAAAGCGACUAUAUGAAAAUAGAGAGCGAUUCCUCUACUUUGAUGCAUCAAACCUAAAGACUCAACACAUCGGAUAUCAUCACCUGAAAUCUUUUCGAAAAAACAUCACACAAUCGAUUUGUGAUAGAGAUUUAAAUUUAGUAUGGCCACCAACUCAAAACGAACCAAGUGAAAGUAGAUUCGACUCACUUGAUCAUAAAACAUGUAAUAUUGACUCUAUUCCAAAUGAUAGUAAAGUAUCUAUUACUUUUAUAAUCUAUCAACAAGUUAAAGAUGGACUUGAUAUUUUUAAAGAGAUGCUCAGCACAAUCAAAGGAAUCAUUGUAAACAUUGAUUUUGAUUGUUUGAAAUUCAGUACAGCAAUUCCACCCGGUCUAAUUCCCAAGACUGUAAAACAAAUCAAUUUAGGAUCACACUAUGACUUUCCUUUGGAGGAAGGAAUACUUCCCGAUGGUCUUACUCAUUUGCAUCUAGGACAAGUUUUCAACCAACCUUUAAAACCGGGUGACAUUCCACAGUCUGUCCAAAGACUAACACUUUCCAACCAAUUCAAUUUAAAUAUUGAAGCAGGACAACUUCCAUCUUCUUUGAUUAAACUUACAACAGGCUACGGUAAUAGAUUGUCUUUUGGUAAAGAUUCACUGCCAUAUGGUCUGAGAAAGUUGGUACUCCGACAUACUUUUAAUUAUGAUGCCAGCUUGGUGUUGCCAGCCUCUGUUACUCACCUUUCUUUAGGCUCAACAAAUAACAAACUGCUCCCAGGAAGCAUUUCACCGUUUAUUACCAGCCUUACACUGCCAACCUAUUAUUCGCAUAGUUUGGAUGCAGAUGUCAUUCCAACUUCCUGUACUCGCUUGAGAAUCCAUUCUCUCCAGAAAACUCUUGAACCUCGAGCACUUCCUGAAUCAAUCGAUACUAUAUUUUUUGGACGUGAUUAUAACGAUGUAAUAAGAAAGAAAGUACUACCAAACUCUCUGACCUACUUGAAUCUGGGAGUUGCAUUCAACAACGAACUAGUUCUCCCAAAAAAACUAAAAUAUCUAAGAUUCUCUAGUAAUUUCAACCGUGAACUAGAGCCAAAUCAACUUCCAAACUCAUUGAGAACAUUAAUUUUCGGUAUGGAAUUCAAUCAACUCAUUGCACCUGGUAUUCUCCCACGUGGACUUACAACACUUCAAUUUGGAAUCAAAUUUAAUCAACCGAUUGGUGUUGGUGUGCUCCCUUCCACUCUUGAAACACUUAUACUUGGUCCAAAUUUUAAUCAACCAUUGGAGCCGGGUGUCCUUCCGGAGGGAUUGCAGCGUCUUGAAUUUGGAGAUAGAUAUAGUUUAGCUCUUGUCCCCGGUGUUAUUCCUAGUUCAGUGACUGAGUUGGUUCUUGGUGAAUUUUUUGGUCAAAUGCUUAUUGGCGAGGGUGCAAUCCCCGAUACUGUCACAUAUCUCCGUGUACCAUCAUUCCAAUCGAAAUACCUGUUAUCCUCACCAACACGAAAGAUUCAUGUUCAACUAACUAAACCAAACUUUAUCCCAAUGGAAAUUAGAAUGGUCGAUGAGAACACUCUUUUAGCUAUAGACAAGAAAUUAUUUGGUGGUUUUCUAUCAAUCGAAAACAUUGAUCAUCUACGCGACCACAUAUUCCGUUAUUGGACAUCACAUAAGAUUGCUCAACUUAAACAGAUCCAUAUUUAA